AUGGCCUUCUCAUUCGAACCUACCCCCCGUGAAGCCAUCAUCGAGGUGUUCAAUCAAUUCGCCAAAUCUGUAGACGACGGAGAUGCUGCGUUGUUAUCAAGGGUGCUGACGGCCGACAUGGUUAUGGACUUGUCACCCUUCGAGGCGCUCGGGCUGACUCUGCCACUGCUAGAUGGCCGUGACACCGUCGUCCCUACUUUGAUGAAGGCCGUUGGGGAAACUCAGGAUACUACUCACCAAUUCACCAAUUUCACUAUGCGAGAGACAUCCGCCGGUGACGUGGACGUCGAGUGCCACGGUCUCGUGCAACACUACACGUUGGGUCAAGGGCUUUCGAUGGAGGGAGACAAGGAUUAUUUCCUCAUGGGAAACAGAUAUAAGGCUGUGGUUACUCAUGAGGGGGAUGGUUGGAAGAUCAAGAAGUUGACUGUCAGGGCUCAAUGGGUGCAUGGAAAUGUUGAGAUCGUCAAGGGUAAUUAG